CGUUACAAAACAGACCGGUCAAGGUCGGAUCUGAUGAAAGUUCCCUAGACCAUACUUCGCACAUCAUCAACAGCAUGUUGUCUAACAGUAUUUACCAACCACAGGUUGUUGCUGCAUUGUCACAGUUUUCUUCUUUAUUGAGCUCUGCCAGAUCAGGAUCUAGUUCUGGUACCUACAGAAGAGUAAAUACUCAAAGAACCAACAGAAAGACAAAACAAACAGCUAGUCAAGCAGCCAAAGAAACAGAUGAAGUUAAAAAGGCAACAGAGGAAUAUGAGAUAGAUAUAAAUGAUGUUAUAUCACUGCCGUCACAGAUCAACAUUCAAGAGUUAUCUCCCCACAUGUCUUUGAUUCAUAAAGGUUGUCAUGUGUCACAUGUUUCAACUGACACAUUUUUUGAAAACAAAUCAGGGUUAUCAGAAGAAUUUGUAAACAGUGAUGUCCAUCAAGAAGUCCAAAGAGUUUUAAGAACAGAACCUUUUAGAAAACUUCUGAAAACAUGUACAAAUAAUCUUUAUUAUCAACAGACAAGAGGAUUUAAAACACAGAGAUUGAAAUCUGUUGGAAUUGGAGGACAGAAAUCUGAUUCUGAAUUAAACAAAUUUGUAAAUAUAUUGUUUCAAGAUAAAACUAGUGGACAAAAACCUGUUGAAGGGGAAAAAUUUAAAGCAAUGUUACAAAAACAUGCAGGGGACCAUGCAACACAACAAGAAUUAAAAAUAUCUUUUGCUGAUGGCUAUCUUGCAAGGGAUCCUUCACACAAGAAGCAUUAUUUUGAUAAUGUAAUACAAGGACUAUUGAAGUCAGCUGUCUAUCUGUUCUGUUUGUAUGUCAUACUCAAACUGGUUGCCAGCAAUUUAAUGGGUAGAGGUUCUGGAGUAGGUGGACUUAGUAUUCUGAAACAGGAACCAUUUGAAAUAGCACCUGAAGAUGUACAAGUUACCUUUGAUGAUGUAAAAGGGAUUGAUACAGCUAAAGAUGAGUUGAUGGAGGUUGUUGAUUUUCUUAAAGAUCCGGAUAAAUAUACAGUAUUGGGAGCCAAACUCCCAAAAGGUGUAUUAUUGGUAGGACCACCAGGUAUUGGUAAAACUUUGUUAGCCAGAGCAGUAGCAGGUGAAGCUGGAGUGCCAUUCUUUCAGUGCUCUGGAUCUGAAUUUGAUGAAAUGUUUGUUGGUCUGGGUGCAAAAAGAAUAAGAGAUUUGUUCAGACAAGCCAAGGAAAAGGGAACCUGUGUGAUAUUUAUUGAUGAAAUAGAUAGUGUAGGUGCUAAAAGAACAAGUUCAGAGUUACAUCCAUAUGCUAAUCAAACUAUUAACCAGCUCCUGGCUGAGAUGGAUGGGUUUUCCCAGAAUGAAAAUAUCAUAGUAUUGGGAGCAACAAAUAGAAUUGAUCAUCUUGACAAGGCAUUACGGAGAAAGGGCAGAUUUGAUGUUGAAGUAAGAGUUUUUCCUCCAGAUUUGAAAGGAAGAAAAGAUAUCUUAAAUCUGUACCUUGGCAAAGUUAAAGCUGACAAAAAUAUUAAAGUUGAAGAUAUAGCCAAGGGAACAACAGGUUUUAAUGGUGCUGACAUACAAGAUUUGGUAAACCAAGCUGCUUUAAAAGCAGCCAUGGAGGGAGAAGACUUAGUUAGAGAAAAACACUUAUACUGGGCCAGGGAUAAAGUUUUAAUGGGUCCUGAAAACAAAAAUAAGAUACCAGAUGAAAAUACAAACUGGAACACAGCUUACCAUGAGGCAGGGCAUACCAUAGUGGCAUAUUUUACUAAAGAAGCCACAGCCCUUCACCAAGUAACAAUCAGAGCCAGAGGUGUUUCUCUUGGUCAUACCUCCUUCAUCCCUGAAUCUGAGGAAUACAAUCAGACCAAGGCAAAACUUACAGCAGAAAUGGAUGUAGCAAUGGGAGGAAGAGUGGCUGAAGAAAUCAUUUUUGGAAGUGAUCAUGUCACAACAGGUGCAAGUAGUGACUUUCAGAGUGCUUCAAGAAUAGCAACAGCAAUGGUGACAAAGUUGGGAAUGUCAGAUAAGAUUGGAGUACGUGUUUUUGAUAUUCAGCAACAAGAUGGUGGACUUGGGUUUAUAAUGGUUAAUCAAUACAGUGAAGCUGUGACUAAAGAAAUAGAUUCAGAAAUAAAACGUCUACUACAGGAAUCUUAUGACAGAGCUAAGAAGAUAUUAACAAACCAUGCGGAACAACAUAAAGAACUUGCUAAAAUGUUAAUGAAAUAUGAAACAUUAAACAAAGAGGAAAUUAAACUUGUGAUGGACGGCAAAAAACUCAACAAGAAAGUUUUCAGUUGAUAUUAGUUAUGCAGCAUAAUUUUAUACAAAAUUUCUGGUCAUUGCGAUUUCUUGAUUUGGUAGUUCUCAAACAACAGGAACUUCAGUGUACACAUUACCAUUCAGAAAAUUUGGUGUCAGAACACUAUUUUAUAAUUUUAAGUGUCUGAACUAGCAUUUUAAUGAACUUUAUGAAUGGAUGAUAUUCUGAUAAGACAUUCAAUAUUCUAAUAAGACAAGAUAAAUGUAAUUCAGGGAUACUAAUGUAUACCAGUCAAGUUCUGAGUUAUCAUGGUGUGGCUAUUUGUCUUAAUCAUUGUUAUAAGAUACAUUUUAGGUGUUUGGUUAAAUAUUCCUUACCCCAACAGGGCAUAUGAAGUUAACAUGAAUUUUAUCAUUUCAUACUUUCUGAAAUUCUCAUUUUAUUUUUAACAUGCACUCUGUAUAUGUGUACAGUUUAGCCACAUUCAUGUUUUGUAUCGACUUGCCACUUGUAAAAAACUAUAGAAGACACAUUGUAGUAGAAGAUAUUUAUGCAUUUAAUAUUUUGUUUGUGUCUUGACAGGAAACAGUCUUGUUGAAAAAUGUUUAAAGCUUACAAAAACAUACAAAAUGGUAAUAACCUGGAGUUAUAUAUUGGAGAAUAACACUUUUAUAAAUGCCUAAAGAAAACAUGUUUUGGUCAGUUAAACUUUUUCUGUCUAGCAGAUUUGUUUCUCACAUUUAUUUAUACUAGUAAGAAAACAGACACAAACUGGACCUUAAUGUAUAAUUUUUAUAGAUUUUUUUAAAAAUGUAUAAAUGAAUAAUUAAUGAAAGAUUUAAUGAUAAAUAGAAAUAGAAUAAAUGAUUAAAUAUGACAUGAGGUAUGACUUUUAAAGAUUUUAAAUUUUUACAUCAGAUCUAUAUAACAUAUUGACAUAUAUCUAAACAACCUGUUCAAUGAAUGCAUUUGUAUUCAGUGUUUACAAAUGUUUUACUUUUUUAGUCAAUAUUAAUUUAUAAGUAAAUCUGUCUUGAUAACAACAGCUACAGCCCUCUUGUUGAUCAUAUUGACUGUUCAUGUAUAAAUGAUAACAACAGCUACAGCCCUCUUGUUGAUCAUAUUGACUGUUCAUGUCUAAAUGAUAACAACAGCCACAGCCCUCUUGUUGAUCAUAUUGACUGCUCAUGUCUAAAGAAACAAUACACAAUAUAUGUACAUCACUGCUCAACUAGUCAAUAUAUGACAAAAGGAAUGACCUGCAUUGAAAUCUUGUCAAGUAAGAAAUCAAGUUUUGGCUAACGAAUAUUUAUUUUAUUAAUUUUAUUAUUCUCUCUGUAGUGAUUUGUUAUUAUAACUCACUUGUCUCAUUUCCCUUAAAUGUUUUAUGUUUUAUAAUGUUAAUAAAGUUUUACCUAAAAGGUACCAUUUAUAUAUUACCAGUACUUUAGUUAUCUAUUUUGGUGGUAUUAUGAUAUAGUGAUACAUGUUCUAAUAAUGGUAGGGAAUGUAUUGUUAUCUAAACGUUUUUAUCUUAAAAAUUGAAACUUUUGUUUCCAUUCAUUUUCAAAACAUUUACUAAUAGGUCAGAUGCAAUGUUUUUUUUAGUGAGUUAUGUAUAAAAUUUCAUAAGGUGUUUUGGUCAGCAAAUAUUGCUUUAUUAGUGAUUAAAUUCAUCUUGUAUAUAUUUAUAGUAAGCAUGAAUGUUUUGCAGAUAAGAUAACAUUUUCUACAUGAUGUCAUUUCACAGUUGCUAACUUGUCCAACUGUAAAACAUUUCACAAUGUAUUAUUGUCUGGUAUUGUAAAGCUGGGGUUGAUUGGAAAAUUGGAGAUUUAGUGAUGUUGUGUACUAUCUUAUUAUCAGAGGAUUACAUUUACAAAUAUAAUUGAUAAAAUGAUAUUAUGAGGAUAUUUGUUAGACCAGGCAGUGUUUUUGUUGACAAUAAAAUCAUUUUUCAUAACACAA